AUGUCGUCCACCGACCAAGCAAAGUUACCUGACGAGGUUGACCAGGAGGUCCAAGACUCUCAACCUUUGAAGCCCGUGUCUCGUUUUACGCGCUGGUUUCGCAGCCCUUUGUUCAACGUCAUCAUCGUCGGCUUGAUUUCGUUCACUCAACCCGGCAUUUGGAAUGCCCUCAACAGCACCGGCGCGGGCGGUCAACAGGAGCCCUACCUCGUCAAUGGAGCCAACUCUUUGACUUUCGGUAUCAUGGUCUUUGGCUGCAGUUUCUUCGCCAUAAUGGCCAACAAAAUCGGCCUCAAGACGGUCUUGAUCAUUGGCACGCUCGGCUACGCACCCUACUCGGCUUCCAUGUACGUGAACAACCGUUACGGAGUCGAAUGGUUUGUCCUGUUCGGCGGUGCGACCUGCGGCAUUGCCGCAUCUGCGCUGUGGGCGGCUGAAGGCGCCAUCGCUCUUGGAUAUGCCGACAUCAAGGACAGAGGCAAGUUCACUGGUAUCUGGCUCGGGCUCCGGGAGCUGGGCCAACUGCUCGGAUCCUCUAUCCAGCUCUCCUUGAAUGCUGAAAACGGCCAGCGAGGAAAGGUGGGAUACUCAACCUACCUUGUGCUGAUUGCCCUCCAAUGCCUUGGCCUUCCCCUCGCCCUGCUCAUAUCGCCUCCGCAAAAGGUAAUCCACAGUGACGGAAGGAAGGUUGCCGACCCGACAAAGAACAAGGUCGUCAUGGGGGAAUUCCGCAAGUGGUUAAAACUGCUCAAGAAGCAGCAGUUUUACCUCUUAAUUCCUAUCCUUAUUGGCUUCAACUGGAACAGCACAUAUCAGGGCAUCUACCUCACAAAGUACUUUUCCGUCCGAGCCAGAACAUUGGGCGGCUUGACCUCUGGCAUUGCAGCAUCCGCUGCCAACAUGUUCUGGGGAUGGUUCUACGACCUGAAGUGCUUCAGUCGCCCGCAACUUGCAAGGAUCACCUGGGCUUUCUUUUCAGUUAUCAUGCUGGGUCUGUUCGCCUGGCAGAUCGCCAACGAAAAGUUGUACGAGGACACGGUUCCGAAAAUCACUCUGGACUGGACUUCUCCCGGGUUCGGUCGCGGCUUCGCAGUCAACGUGCUUUUCCGCUUCAUGAACGAGUCACAUUAUAUGUUCGUUUACUGGCUCAUGGGCACAUUCUUCGACGACAUUGAAACACUGACUUUGGGCGUUGGUCUCGUGCGGUCGUUUGAGUCCAUUGGAUCAUGCUUAUCAUUUGGUAUAGGCGCAGUCAAGAUCUCGCCUAUGGUUAACCUUAUUGUUGCAUUCGUCAUGUUUGCGGUUUGCAUUCCCGCAACUUCCUGGGUCGUUUUUCUCGUGCCUGAGCGACCAGCAGACAACACAAAGACGAGUCCCGAUAUCACCUCGAUGAAGGACAACGAGGUCGUAGACCCCGUCAUUAUGUCCACGGCUGCCGCCGCGACAGACGGGCCACGAGGUACCUGA